AAAGACUCACCGCCUUUGAGCUGCAGGUGUUUGAACCCCACCAUUUGGCAGGACGCCUUGGCAACCUGGAAGUCCCCGCAGUCCCGCAUAACGCUGGUGGUCCAGGCUUCCCGCCAUCGGUCUGUCUUUGAACCCCCCGCGCCCAAUCCGACAAACAAACUUGGGAAGCAUUGCUCGCUCCUCCUCUGCACACACACAUUGGCACCGGCAAAUAACCACACACACCACCAUGGCGGUAGCUCAGGUUCCCAGGAACUUUAAGCUCCUCGCCGAGCUGGAGAAGGGCGAGAAGGGCAUGGGCGCGGGUGCUUGCUCAUAUGGCCUCGAAGACCCCGAAGAUAUCUUCAUGACCCACUGGAGAGGUACCAUCUGGGGCCCUCCUCAUGGACACCACGAGAACCGCAUCUACGAACUUAAGAUGGAGUGCGGCCCAAACUACCCCAAGGAGCCACCCGUCAUCCACUUCGUCAGCCAGAUCAACCUGCCCGGUGUCAGCCCAACAGACGGCAAGGUCGACCCCAACGCCGUGGCUAUUCUCCGCGACUGGACCCGCAUUGCUACCGAGUUGGCCAAGAACCCAAGGCCCAAGGAAGACCCUUUGAGUUUGGAGGCUGCUCUUAUUGCGAUCAGGAAAUAUAUGGACGAACAUAAGAAGCUUCCCCAGCCCCCUGAGGGCUCCAAGUAUGCCGUCUACAAAUAG